GCUGACCCCAGCCGGCAUCGGAAUUUCAAAAUAAGAGUCUUUGGAUGUCUAUGCGGAAGAAAACUGAAAGUCCAGCAUCGUAUUGUAGAUGUCGUGGGAUUUUGUCGUGCCGGUUUCCUUGGAUGACUUGUUAAAGUCUGGUGCCGUUAACCAGUAUGUGGUCCAAGACGUGCUAUCACCCAAACAACUGCCCUUGCAUCUCAACGGCUUCAAAGCUGCUCUGAAGAACCAGGGUCCCCUGUGUGUGUUGGAGCACUUUGACACAGUGUACAGUGUUCUACAGCACUGCCGCACAGUGGAUGUCUCUUUGAAGGAGGACACGCUGGAGCUUCUCAUUCAAGUGGUCAGGGGCCUGUCUGUCUCCUUGCCCUCCCUCCUCAUGUCUGGUUCCUUAUCGGCGGUGGACCGUAAACAGCAGCUCAACGUGGUCAAGAUGAGUGUCUUCUUGCUUUGUAAACUCACAGAGAAUCUGGAGAGUGACUCCUACAGGGAGAGUAUCAUCACUGCACCCAGCAAGGGGCGUAAGAAGGAGAAGGCGGGCUCUAAGGGCGGCUUGCAGUGGGAGGGUGUGAGAGAGGUGGUGUUGCAGUGCCUCUCCCAGCUGCUCCAACUGGACAUCCGUAGUCUCUGGAGUCUCUCUCUGGUGGAGGAGGAGUUUGUGAGCUGUGUGACGUGCUGUUGCUACAAGCUGCUGGAGAAUCCCACCAUUGGACACAUGAAGAGUAAACCCACCCGUGAUAUCAUCAUCCACGUCCUGGGAGUGAUGGUGAAGAAAUACAACCACAUGCUUGGUGCGUGUGUGAAGGUGAUCCAGCUGCUACAGCACUUUGAGCAGCUGUCCUGUGUGUGUGCUCAGGCCGUGGCAUGCUGGUGCACGGAGUACGGCAUGCGUACCAUCGUAGGUGAAAUCAUGAGAGAGAUUGGGCAGAAGUCCAGUGAGGAGCUGGCCAGAGAAGGCUCUGGAGUGAAGGCCUUCUCCUGCUUCCUGUCUGAGCUCAGCACUCUGGUCCCUGAUGCCAUGAUACCGAACAUCAGUGUGCUUCUCCCACACCUGGAGGGAGAGAGUCCGAGCUUACGCGUGGCGGUGUGUGAGGUGCUGGGCGAGGUGCUCGUGCGUGUGCUGAGCGGCGACAAAUUGGAUGAUUUGGCUCGAGCUGAUCGAGAUCGUUUCCUCGACACACUUCAAGAGCACAUUCACGACACCAACUCGCACGUCAGAGCACGUGUGCUGCAGGUCUACACACGGAUCGUCAACAGUAAGGCUUUGCCCUUGUGCAGAUACACUGAAGUGAUGGAGUUGGCUGUUGGUCGCCUUGGUGACAAAUCGGUUCAUGUGUGCAAGAGUGCCAUCCAACUCCUUGCUGCCUUCAUUGGCCAUAAUCCCUACAGCUGCAAGUUAAGUAGUGUGGACCUAAAGAAACCCCUGGAAAAAGAAGUGGCCAAACUCAAAGAGAUGCAGGAGAAUAUGAGGGCGAGAGAACCAGUCGCUGUAAUCUCGUCGUGUGAUCUUUGGGCUGCGAUGGAGCCAGAGGUCUCAAGCACAGUCAGAGCUCACCUGGAGGCCAGCAAUGAGGAAGAGGAGGAAGAGGAAGCUCAGGACAGGAGUGACCGAGACACUGCAGUCCAAAUCGCCCAGUACCUCAGAGACAGCAAAUACAGGCAGGCAAUGCGGCUGUGUGUGCAAGCACACAGUGUUUAUCCUGAGUCUCCAUUCUUCUCCAGCAUGUCCAGUGUGAAUGCAGACAUGGUGAUCAGCACACUGGCUACACUCUUCAAAGGUUCGGAGGAGCAGGUGUGUGAGUCUGGAGCGAGGGAUGAGGCCCUGGCUCUGCAGAAAGAGAGCAAAGGGGAGGCGGAGGAGGAGGGGAAGGAGACGGAGAUGAAGAAGCAGGAGAUGCUGGUUCAGUAUCUGAGGGACACCGAGAGCUUUGCCCUGCAGGUGGAGAGAGCCAUUGCUGUCAUCAACAACAUGCUGUACUGGAAAACCACUACAGUGGUCCAGGAGGCAGUGCAGUUCUGUGUCACGGCGUGUGAGUUCAGCGUGGCCGACUCCGUGUGUGGUGUGAGGAAGAUGCUUCCCUUGGUCUGGUCCUCCGAUGCUGCGGUCAAAGAUGCUGUGAUACAGGCCUACAGACGGCUGUACCUCAACCCUCACGGGGACACCACCAGAGCCAAGGCCCAGACGCUGGUGGACAGUUUGUCUGAGCUGAUGUUUGAUGCCUCGUUGGGAACCAUCCAGUGUCUGGAGGAGAUUGUGCAGGAGUUUUUCAGCAGUGAGAGUGCUCUGCAGACGUGUGUGGUGCAGGUGUUGUGGGAGAGAUUCUCAGGAAAGAGAGAGACGUCCACCCUGCACAGAAGAGCAGCAGUUCUGCUACUGGGCAUGGCAGCACGUGCGGAGAGGGAGGUAGUGCUCAGUAACCUGGACACACUCUGCUCUGUGGCCCUGGGAGAGAAGGUGACGGACAAUUACCUACUGGCCAGAGACACAGUCAUCGCCAUCAUCAAUAUAACAGACCACGUCAGACAAUCUAAAGGAGUUCCAUUAAGACUUUCUAUGGACCACCAUCUCUUCAGCUGUCUGACACAGGCCAUUGCUGAGGGAGUGGUCUUGUCCAAUCCCCACUGGCAGACUUUCAUGGAACAGGCCAUCCGGCUCAUCUAUUUCCUAGCUGAGUCACCUGAUCAGCUGUGCGCCCGCCUUCUCCAGCGCUCUGCUCGCCUCCUAUUGGAGCAGAUUUCAGAAGCUUGGGAGCCAAACCAAUCACAAAUGGCAGAAGGAUCUCAGGACUCUGAGCAGCAAGUGAGCUGUGUGAGUCUGGCCCAGCUACUGUCUGUGUGUGGAUCUGUGGCUUUUUGGCAGGUCUCCUACCUGGAGAGGAGUGUGAGUGCUGAGCUCCGUAGGAGGAGAGGAGAGAAGGAGGAUAAAGAGGAGAAGGCAGCACCUGUGACCAAGCCCAUGGAGGCCAAUGACAGCUGUGUGGAGGAGGAGCUUGGCUUGACUGGCGCCUCAGCAGAGGACACGGAGGCGGAGUUUAUCCGUAAAAUCUGUGAGACUGAGUUAAUGGCUGAGGGGAACCUUCUGAGUGUGUUCCUGCCUCUGCUGGUGAGGGUGUGCAGUUCUCCGGGGCGAUACUCACACACGCAGCUCACCACGGCAGCCUGCCUCGCACUCUCACAGUUCAUGAUGAUCAGUCCAGCAGUGUGCAGUGAUAAUAUCCGUCUCUUGUUUACCGUCCUGGAGAAGUCUCCUCUCCCAGUGGUCAGAGCCAAUGCCAUCAUUGCCCUUGGGGACUUGACUGUUCGAUUCCCCAACAUCCUGGAGCCCUGGACACCCAACCUGUACGCCAGGCUGUGUGACGAAGACGCAUCUGUGCGGCUGACGGCCAUCACGGUUCUUACCCAGCUGGUGCUGAAGGACGUGAUGAAGGUCAAAGGUCAGGUCAGCGAGGUCGCUGUGCUACUGCUUGACCCUGAGCCCCACAUUGCGAGCCUGGCACUUAACUUCUUCAAUGAGCUCUCGGCAAAGGACAACGCCAUCUACAACCUUCUGCCAGACAUCAUCAGCCGACUGUCUGAUCCGGAGCGGGGGAUGAAGGAGGAGGACUUCAACACGAUUAUGAAGAAACUCUUCUCCUACAUCACAAAGGAGAGACAAACUGAAAGUCUUGUGGAGAAGCUCUGUCAGCGGUUCAGAACAGCCAAGACGGAAAGACAGUGGGCAGACCUGGCUGUGUCCCUGUCUCUGCUCUCGGUGUGUGAGCGGGGCUUUAAGAAGUUGCAGGAAUGCUGGGAGUGUUACAGUGACAAGCUGACGGAGGAUUCUGUCUACCAGCCUCUCCUCUGCAUCAUGGCCAAACUGCGACGCAGGGCCAAGCCCCAGUUUAAGAGUCAGGUGGAGGAGUUUGAGAAGAGGCUGACAGCAGUGCACACAAAGGGCCUGGAGAAUGUGGAGAACGAGGAGAAUGAGACAGGGCAGCAGCUAGUGGAGAACAUGCACACGCCGGGACCCAAGAGCACCCGCAGACCCACCCGGGGGCGCAGAAAGCCCAGAGCAGACCACAGUGACCUGUUGACCCCCAAACGCUCACAUGCUCGCCCUAAAACAGUCAUCACCUUCAGCAGCGAUGAAGGAGAGGAAGAGGAUGCAGUCAUGGCAGAGAGUGAGACCCCUAAAGUGACCACGCCCAUCUCCCGCUGCAGACGCACUCGCCUACGGCACUGACCCUGCGACCCUGACCCUAAUCACCUUCUCUUUUCUUUCUUUCUUUUUCUUUUAUCUUGGUCUUACUGCCACUUUUAUGCUUUUAUAAAAUGCUUAAUUUUGUUGGACAGAGUGCUUUGUAACUCGAGUAUUUAAAUCUGGAUUAAAUCUGGUUAGUGCACCGUGGAAA